CGUAAAGGCAAGUGAAAACCGGGACCGUGGUGAAUCGGAGGAGUUUACGACUCUAACUCUUAAGUUUAUAUGUGAACAGUUGGUGCUGCAAGAAGACUACAUUCCUUCCGUUCUUAUGAGAUUUCAAUGUAACAGACAAUGGCGGGGAAACAGACAAUGGUUGGGAAGAGUGCCCGGGAUAAGCCUUACAAGUCGAGGAUCAAGGGUAGCAGAGAGGCACCAAGGCAGUACAGCCUACGCCGGAGACCCAGCAUCAGCUAUAAUGAGGCAGUCCUUUCUUGCAUGAAUGCAGUUUUGGAUGAUGAUACUGAACUGCAAAAAUAUGACCAACGCAACAAUACAUACACUUGUGAUGCAAGGGAAGUAACCCUGAAAAGUGGUUCUGUGGUUUCAUCAAUGAAAAAUGGAGUUUAUGAGGAUCCGACACUUCAAAACCAAAUAAACAUGUCUGAUGAUAAUUCAUCGUGGGAGUCGCAGUCGGACACAACAUCCAAGUCUGACACGACGUCGGAUGGUGUGUCUGAUGAUGAUGGAAUGUUGUUAAAAACAGGGCGGACCACUUUGACACACCUGAAAUCUGGCCAGGUAAAUAGACUAAUGAGUAUCUGUAAGAUUUGUGGGGCUGGAUUUUGUCGCAGGGGAGACCUGAUCACUCACAUGAACCUGGUUCACCAUCAACUAGUUCAAAACUAUAAAGAUCUGUGGAAUCAGAGGUUCACAAAGCCUCAUGAUACUCGUAUACCAUGCAUGCCACUGUUAAAAUGUGAAGAUAUUGUGACUACUUUACCCCGUCAGCAGAAAUGUGAAAACUUGCGUACUGCUGUACACACCAUGCCAAAACUUGAAUGUCAGCUAGAUUUCAUUCCUAAUUUGUCUAAACCUGUGCCAUAUCUUCCAAAGCAGAAAAGUGAAACACCUCGGAAUCCUGACGAGAAAUGUGAAACACUUCAAAAUCCUGUGCAGAAAUGUGAAGCCCCUCUCAGCCAAGUACCCAGCAUGCCAAUGCAGAAAUGUGAAACCUCUGAGGAUGGUUUUCAUGAUGUGUCUAAACUUAAAUCUGAAGAUGCUGCAAGUCAAGCUCCAAACAUACCACUGAUGAAAUGUGAAGCUCCACUAAAUCAUGUAAAGAAAAUAUUGCAAAAUUGUAACACUCUUGAAACGCAUGGACCAGAACUACUGCAGUCAAAAUGUGAAGUCUCCGAUAAUUCUACAGAACUGAAAUGUGAAGAUGUGAAGAAACUUGCGCCUAACCCACCACUGCCAAGAUGUGUAGCCUUCGACACAGGUGUGAAUGCCACUCAAACCUGUGCCAUACUGAGUGAAUCGAAUGUUCACAAAUGGAACAUUUAUAGUAAGGAAGUAACAACCACAAAUGGAGACCAAGGAGCUAUGAUUCUCUCCAGUUACCCUUCUGAUCAAAGCCUCAGGAAUGGGAACCUUUUACCACUGUCUGAUCCAAUCAGUCUAACCACCAGCCCUUUCUCUCCACAUGGCUCAUCCAGAAAGGUGCGUCAAUCUCGAAAGAAUGUUGAUGGAUUCGACAAAAACGGAAAUAUCGUCGCCUUUAACACCCCUUCCUCUUUAAAUCAUUUUCCUGAAUGUAAAACAGUGAGCGAUGGUAAUGGAAGUCAAAGUCAAGGUACUGCAAAGACAUUUAAUGGGGAGAAACCAGAUGACAAAGAAAACUUUUGUGGCCAUGAAAGCAACUCACAAAUUUGGGCGAACAUGUCUUUGGCUGGUAGGGUUAGCAAUUCAACAUCUUUCACUGGCAUCAGUAGUGUAAGUGAUGGGAGGGUCACUUUAUUGAGCAGAAGUUCAGAAAGUAUUGUGUCUAGCCUCGGUACUUCCGCAAGUAAAUAUGAUGACUACAUGGUGCUGCCGGGCAGACAGAAUGUUAAACUCUUGCAGCGUUUACAAAAAUGUCAUAUAUGCGGCAAGGGAUUCAGCAGAUUAAGUGACCUCACAUCACACAGCUCGACCCAUGACCCCGAAAGACAAAGGUCAACAAAUGUUUCCAAUCCAGUUUCAGCACGUCACCUGAAAGAGAAGUCUAGAUGUGGUAGAGGAAGACCAAGGAAAAUUAAUUCUCAAAGUUCUGAAAACUGCGACCUGAGGAAGAAAGUACCGCUUAGUGGAAGAGAGAGACAAAGAGGAAAAUAUCUUCAAACUGCUCAAAGGAAGAGAAAAGUUGAAUCUGAAGGCUCUUUGAAACAGAUAUUUCGAAGAGAAGGAUCGGGAAUGAAAGUGGACUUUGUGUCUCCGACAGAUCCUACUGGUAAUGAAAAGGUGUGUCCCAUUUGUAAGCGAGUCUUCAACACAAACGGCUCUCUGCAGGCCCACCUUCGUGUUCACACAGGGGAGAGGCCUUUCAAAUGUAAGGAGUGCAACAAGUCGUUUAGUCAGAAAGGUAACCUCAAGAUACACAUGUGGAUUCACACACAGGAGAGGCCGUACAAGUGUUCGACGUGCAGCUGUAGCUACAACCAGCUCAAUCUCCUCCUCUACCAUCAGUGGAAAAUGCAUGGCAUGGGACCUGGAAAGAAAAGCAGGAGGCAGAACUGCUCAAAGAACUGAAAAGGACCUUGCACAUAUAUAUGACUUAGAACCAAUGGCUGCUGUUUGACUUUUUUUUCACUUGUGUAUCUCCGGAAAAAUUAAUGGACUAAACUUACAAGUUUAAUCGGGGCCCCAGUAGGAUUUUCUUCUUGAAACCAGAGUAGGAAUGCUUGUUCGUGAUCGAGAUUUCAGUUUUUGGACUAUUUCAUUUGAUUAUGCUGAUUCGAGUUAAGGAUAUGACCCCGGGCGGCCUGUUUAUAUCACAUGUGAAUAUGCAUUUGAAUGAGACUAGAAGAUUCUGCAGACCACAUUGCAAUCUUUAACAGUUUUGGUAACAGCACAUGCAUGUAUUUAUGUUAAAAGCUUUCUAUUUUAAAACAUUAUUGGAAAGUACAUGUACUCCAAACAUGCAAAUUUCUCUAGCUUGUCAAAUCCUUUACCAGUUUGGACUAUAGGUCUCAAACUUUGUGCAUUAGUGUGUCACUGUGUUGGAGACAUACCUGGAAUUCUCUGUUACCUACAAUUGGCAAAUAUUGUAGGUUAGACAUGUUUUUGUUGGAAUAGCAGAGUUUUUGUGUGUUUUUUUUUAUUGAAAACAGGUCCCAUGGCCAUCAUACAGAAUCAUAGCCCAUAGUUCACCAUGUCAUUUUGUCUAAUGUAAAUCUCAUAGAUAAAGUCAUCUCCAAAUGUUAGAAAUAAUUUCAAGCAUUAGGAAUCGUAACCUUGAAGAAUGAAUAUGAAAAUUCCUCAUAAGAUAGGAGUGCAAUCCAAAGAACAUGUAAGGCAUUCAGAAAAUCCUGCAAUAAUUAUCUUCAGGAUAAAAUUGUACUGUUUACCAAUGAAUCUUACUGUAGUUAUCAGGUCCAGCACACUCUGCCACUUGAGCUAUAUAGUUGUAUCUACCGAUACUUUAAAGCUGUAUUGAGCUAUAUUUUCUAAGAUUUUGAUCAUAGUGAAAACAAAGCAAAAUUGCAUAAAACUACAGGUUUUAUGUUAACGAAAGCAUACGAUUUGAGGUGUAUUUUUAUUUUUCAUAAAAGUGUAAUAGGAAAGAAAAUAGUGUGUUUCCACCGGGGAUUGAACCCUUGAUCUCCAGGUUCCUAGUCGGACGCUCUACCACUGAGCUAAAGGGAAAUUCCCUCUAGCUCGAAGCUAGAAGGUGACCGUAAUCCUAUGUACAAUUCAAAUCUGCCACAAAAGUAAGAUUUUUGAUUUCUAUCAAAUGCGCCUCAUUUUCUUUAAGAAAGAAAUUUAUGUAAAAAUAGCUAAAAAAACAUCUUUAAAAAUGAUUGUAUAAUCAGCUUUGAUAGGUCUUGACAGCUAUAUAGCUCAAUCAGCAAAGUGUACUUGACCUGGUAAUAAACCUGUUUUCAAGUCAUGUGAAAAAAGGUUAUGUAAUUUUUGAUGCGCGGAGCCAGAACUCGGUUUUUGGCUGGAAUUCCUUGGCUGAUAUCCAUUGAUCAAAUUGAUACCAUGAAAAAAGGAAUGGGUUCCAAACAUUUUAAGGGCAUUUCACAUUAUAUCAUAUGUGGCAUCAUUAUUUCAUAUUCAACGUCAUGUUGUUCACCAUUGAAGUUCGGUUCAGCAAAUGAACAUUGAUACAGGAUAAGGACCAUAAUCGUUACUCCAGGUGUUACGCUCACUUUUGCUCUCUGCACCCCUGCAAUAUGUCGAAGCAAAAUCA